AGCGGAGGAUGCUGUCAGGUUGCCGUGGUAGCAGCCUCCGGUUUCUCUUGCCGGCUGUCGCGUGCGUUUGUGUGUGUGUGUGCGUGUGUGUGUGUGUCAGGUAUCGAAUACGUGAACAGACGCGAGGGAAGGACGUGGUUUUGAGGACUAAAGUCGCAUGCUGCGGAAGUUCACGGUCGCCGCCUUGUCGGCGCUGCUGGGCGACGAUGGCAACCUUCAUCCAUCUUUGAUCGAGGAGAGGAAAGGACGCGUCGGGAAGGAAAGGAGACUGAAGGAGACAGGAGGGAGGAUGAAGGGAGUGAGAGUCUAAAGCGGGCGUCUGCUGCUGCAGGAAUCAUGACGUCUCAAGAGGAGGCUUCGUCCUUCCGCAGGUUUUUCCGGUACGUAGAGGACAGCUGCCUUCGAGCGUACGACGAUCUCGUCAUCCAGAACGCUUCGGACAUUUCCCGAGAGAGUGACCGCAUUCGCAACAAGACCAACUGGACUUACUUGCAGGAAAAAAAACAGAAGAAGCGCCAAGGAGAAGAAAUCAAACGGACCGAUGAAGAGGUUGCUGGUACAACAGAGACCACGCACUCCGGGAAACAUUUCCGAAUGGGUUUCAUGACCAUGCCGGCGCCACAGGACCGCCUGCCGACUCCAGGCCAGGGUUUCAGUGUUCGCUCGCAGUCCCUCAACUCGGUGGGCGGUGACGACGACGCCAACAACCGAAAACAACCGCCGCCCAAACCUAAGCGGGAUCCCAACACCAAACUCAGCAGCAGCUCCGAGGCCCUUAACGGAGUCGCCAUGACAGAAACUCAGGAGCAAGACGAAGCUAACUUCCAUUCGGGCUCUGAGGACUACAAGAAGACGCCUCCUCCCAAACCUAGACGGAACCCAAACACGCAGCUGAGCUCGUCCUUUGAUGACACCUAUGUGUGUGCUCAUGUUGGCCACAAAAGGGCUCCCCUGCAGUGGGACAAACCGUCCUCGCCGAGCCAGCAUUCGGCUUCUGGAGACGACGCCGAGUCGGUUUACAUCGAAAUGAUGGGGAAUGUUCUGCGAGAUUUGAAGAGCCAAGAGGCGGCGGACGACGAGCAAAACGAAUCUGUGUAUGAGGAAAUGAAGUACCCGGCUUUGGAGGACUCGGCUGUAGACUUGGAUUCCUGUGUGCCGAGUCACACUGGCUCUCUUUGCCACAUCCCGCAACCUUUCCCCAACCUCUUGACGCAUCGGCCGCCGUUGCUGGUGUUCCCCGCAGCCCCCGCUCAAUGUUCCCCCAAUUCGGACGAAUCCCCCCUGACCCCGGUUGACGUCACCCAACUGUCUAUGUUGGAAAAGACCACUUCCACCAAGUCAGGCGAACACUCCAGAAAUUUAAAAACCAGCGAAGACGAUCGUCCCUCCACUUCCACUAUAACUUCUUCAGGCCGAUCUUCCGCCCCACCGCUUCCGUCCAACGUGUACAAGUCCUCUAGCUCCUCCCAUAAUGGUUACGGGUACCCCCGAAGCCAAUCGGCAUGCCCCUCCCCUGUUAGCAUAGCUCGCUCCCUAACUCCGCUCAAUGUGAAGAGGCCACCGCCCUACGAUGCCUUGAUGGCGGGAGUAAAUAUGCCCGUUUCGUCCCAGGUAUCAACACGGUCCCAAGAGGGCGGGGUAACACACAAGAACUCGUCUCCCUACAGCUCCAUGCAAAACCUGUCGGCGAGGUUGCAGACGCCAACGAGUCCGACGGACGAGUCCACCAACACCUCAUAUUCCUCCGGGAAACAGGUGGCCAGAAAGGGCUCAGGCAGCAGGAGAAGCAGGCAACGUGAAGGCGAGUCCAGGUCUGUAAGACCGGAGUGCAAGGACAGAGACAGUAACGGACGGUUCAGUCCAGUUUCCAGUCGGAUGGGGAGAUCUUCUGUUAGCCCAACUUUGAUGUUUGCAGGAUCAGGAGAAUCCAAGUGCGUGAGUAAACUGGGUCGCUCAGCAUCAACAUCAGGUGUGUCUUCACCUGGUUCCAUGCCACAUCAUCCCGCCCUCAGCAAGAUGCCGUGGCUGUGUGGCGACACCACCAUGCUGGAGAUGAUCGAGAAGAAACGAGUUCUGUGUUGCGAGAUCAAGCGGCGCCAGCGACCCGAGAAGAACCUCAGCAAACAGGACAGCAUGCCCAUCCUGCCCAGCUGGAAGAGGAAACAGCCACCGCCAUAUUUAGCCCCGCCCACUGCUGCCAGCCAAUCGUCUGCAGUGGCGUGGGACACCUCCAUCUGAGCACGCGCAAGGUUUUCGCUUUGUUGCACUUUACGAGAAAUUGAUAGUGGAACCUGCUUAUGGCAACAACUCAAACGACUGCUUCAGUCUACCUUCAUGAUCCACCCAAAGUACUGUCCCCAGCACGAUCACAUAUGGACAGUGACUUGUUUUCUCUCUCGUUUAACACUAAAUACACUUACUGAAUGGGAAAUUAUUGUUGCUGUUACUACGCAUCAUCUGAUGGCACAAGCCCUAUGGAUAAAAUACAGCCUAUCACUUGAAACAAAAAUUGCACGAUAGACAUUUUUUCUUUUGUGCCCACAAUAUGUAUCGUUAUUUCGCCCAGCACUACCCCCCACAGACACCCGCACGUAUAUACUAACACCCACCAACACGUGCACACACAAAUUUAAUAUAAUCUCUGCCUCCAUGGCGGAAAAACUGUUUUACAAGUAUCAUUAUCACUGGAGGAUGAGGAAUAGCUAAAUAUAUUACAAUGUGUACGAGGACAUGCUUAACGCUAUGCUAGUGGUCUUAAAUUUAAACCUGGGUGGGUGGCUCAAUAUAAAUACAGUAACGAAAGCUAGUAUCAGGGUUUAGUUGAUAGUAAUUAGAUAAACAUUGUAUCAAAUUUUUUUAUUAUCAUUUUAUAAACUCAGGAAAUUAUUCCCUGGACAUGCGAGGACUUCAGGGGCAAAAACCAAAAGGAUUUAAAUCAGAGCCAAUAGUAGGAAAUGUUAAUAUUGUUACACCACCACUGUGUUCGAGUCUGAUUGAAAUUGGGACCACAAAUGAAAUCAUUCAAUGAUAUUGAAAAAGUAUCAGCAUCGGUAUAGUCGAUACUGGUCUUGCAACUACUUGGUAUUGGAUACAAACACACACCUUUGUAGAACUGCCCUGAACGUAUGUCAAGUAUUCAAAGAGGAGAAUAAGUGAUGAUUACAUGAGAACAUGUUACAACAGGAAGUAAGCUGAUAUUAACAGGAACAAGUACAUUCAUUUUGAGAAAAUAAAACAGUCGAUGAUAUUACUGCUUAUGCCAGCAGCUCAAUUAGGAACCUUUGCAACCCAUUUUGAAAUUGAUAAUGAGAAAAAAUGUGGUUAUCGCAGGUCACAACAUAUAUGCUAUAUAAUUUAGACUUAAAGACACCGCCCAUCCCUACAGUAAAAUGAUCAGCACUUAUAUGUAAGAGUAUACAACAUUGUCAUGUCAGCAAGAAUGAAGAGGCACACAUGGCGUCUACAAAAGUGUAAACCUUCCAGCAAAACCCAAAACCAGGGGUUGGGAACCUUUUUGGCUGAGAGAGCCAUGAAAGCCAAAUAUUUUAAAAUGUAUUUCUGUGACAGCCAUAUCAUAUUUUUUAACACUGAAUACAACCAAAUGCAUGCAUUUUUUCGAGUAUAAUAAAUCUUUAAUUCUUUUUAAUUAACAGGUGCGGUAGAAAACGGAUGGAUGGAUUAUAAAAUGCAUGAGAAUGUAUUAUAUUUUGAACGUUAUUUUUAACAUUGUGAUUACCAGCGGAAUUAUUCAUUACUUAUCGUGUAAAGCAAUGUCGGCUAAGAUUUAUCUGAGAGCCAGGUGCAGUCAUCAAAAGAGCCACAUCUGGCUCUAGAGCCACAUCUGGCUCUAGAGCCACAGGUUCCCUACCCCUGCACUAAACGCUUCGACACAGCACACCAACUCUUUUUAGUGUGUCUCUACAGAGCAGGCAAACACCAGCGCCCCCUACAGCCCUGUCACUGAAUCACAGCUGACAAAUGGACAAGAAAAGACAAGAGAACUGUGCAAGCCAUGCUUGGUUUCCCUUUCACUUGUGCCGACAAGCGCUGUCAGCCCGUUUGAGGGAGUGUCGACAUAAGCAGGUUCCACUGUAGUGAACAAUGAUGCACUUGAGUGAAAGGCGGAAAAAAAACAAAAACACGUAGAAACACAAAAGAUUUCAAAUUUCGUAAAUUAAUAUCCUAUUUUCUUACACUGAUGUCAAGCCAAUUUCAUGAAGUGAGAGGUUAAGGGGAUAGAGUAGAUGACAUCCAGGUACAGGAAGUGCUGAUAAAGCAACCCCACUCAGGACACUCCAAUGGUACAGGGUGACCCAAAGAAAUGCAUUUCAGCCUACAUGUUACAAAUUCAGUGUAUGAUCCUUCCCAUAAGUGUCAAUCAUCCUGCUCACUUUGCAGAAGUCACUUUAGAGACUAUAUGCUUCAAGGAGAGGAAUAUUUACACACAUCAGGGUUUCCUCCACUUAUAAUUGCAGCGACCUGCCACAUCAAAAUAAGCCACCUGACCUUAGAAAUUACUGUAAAUUCCGGACUAUGAAACAAUAUUUUUUUUCUUGCACUUUGGUCCCUGCGGCUUAUAAAACUGCACGAGUAAUUUAUGGAUUUUUCUCCAAUAACUGCCAUAGUAGUAAAAAAAAAAAAAAAAAAAAUAUAUAUAUAUAUAUAUAUAUAUAUAUAUAAAUAUAUAUAUAUAUAUAUAUAUAUAUAUAUAAACAAGCAAAUACACCUAGAACAUGUUUUCAUGGUUAUGCUAUGGCGACAUCUUAUGGACGAGUUUGUUCACUGCAUGUGUCCAUCCAUUCACGGGUAGUGCAUUUUUUUUUACCGGAGGGCUGUGUUAGUCUUCCAGCCAUGCAUAGCGUUCUACUCGUAUGGAUUGUCAUUCACCACUCCAAGCAACAUUUCCAAGUUUUACAAUAUAACUAAAACUGUUCAUACUUAAACUGUCCUAUGUGUGAUGUGUAGGAGUGUUUAUGUAUUUUUUUAACUUGCUAUUGUAAUGACGCUAGUGUUAGCAUUAGUGAACACGUUUACGAGUGUCUGUUCGUAUUAACUUACAAUGGCAUUCUUUGUGUAUCGUUUCAGCAAUUUUUCCUGUAAACUCUAAAACGUUACCGUGGAAUUAUGGAAUCUUGUUUAGCCGAUUGGAGAGCUAGCUUCCACAGCUAGUGGGGUCCUUGAUGACUUCUCUUUUGUUGAUCAGCCGUUUUACUGACGUGUUACAGACACCGUUUGGAAACAAUUAAUGUAAAUAAAGAUUUACAAAAUG